AUGAAGCGGGUACGGCUCGAUCGAUGGGGCAGCCAAUUGCUGCAGGCCCAAGCCCGCGGCGGUAUCGGUAUUUCAAGACAAGCAUUUCUACAAACGACUCGACGUCAGGCUACCACGGCUGCCGCCCCCCAAAUUGACGAAGAUACGCCCAAAUUCACAAGCCUUCCUUCUCCCGUCCCGGAGCGUGCUGCAGGGUCAGCCAAGCUUGCCGCCCUCCACGCCCGGUUAUCCCUCUCCAGCAAGAUCCCAUUGGAGACUCUCGCCCGCGCCCUUGUCGUCCCCUCCGCCGACAAGAACCCCAACUUUAACAACUCCAACCUCGCUUUCCUCGGCAGCACAUUCAUCAACUACCACGUCCUCGAGUAUCUCGUCUGCAAAUGGCCCCGCCUGCCAAUGGCAAUCCUCUAUGAGGCCCUCCGUGCCUUUGCCGGAAAGGAAUCUCUGCAUCAAAUAGCCCGUCGGUGGGGUGUUGAGGCCGCUGCCGCUCCUGGCGAGGAAGUCGAUCCUGGUUUACUACAAUGGGCACCUGAAGAUUCGGGCAUGCAGACCCGUUGGGGUUAUGUUCGUCAAGAGGCUGCCUUCACUGAUCGAUUUCAGCCCCGCCGUGGAAUUAGCAGCCGUGUAGUUUUCGAUGACGACUUCGGCGAUACCCUACAGGAACCCAAGACCGGCGAGGAGGGAUUUAAGUACUACCAGCAUGAGGCAUACUCUUCCUUUGUCCAAGCCGUUGUUGGCUCCAUUUACACCCACGCCGGCCAAGACGCUGCUCGUGACUUCGUCAAGUCCCACGUGCUCACACGACAAGUCGACGUUGCCUCCAUGUUCCAGUUCAAGCUCCCCACAAGAGAACUCGCCCUCCUGUGUGCCCGUGAAGCCUUCGAGGCUCCUAUCGCACGCCUCGAGAGUGAGACAGGUCGUCAUUCACGAACACCUGUGUUCAUUGUUGGCGUUUACAGUGGUUCUGAGAAGCUUGGUGAGGGCGCCGGUCCUAGUCUAGAUGUCGCCAGAUGGAAGGCAUCGAUGAACGCCCUUAAGUCAUGGUACCUUUACAGCCCUAGCAACAAGGUCCGGGUACCAAGUGAUAUGCACGAGCAGGGUGCGAAGCCCUGGAAGGCCCCUCAUAUUGAUAUUGGUGAGAUUAUCUAA